AUGGCGAAGGGUAAGAAGUUAACUGAUCGUGGAAGAGGAGAGAUCGAAGCUUUGUCUUCAACAGGAAUGACUAGUCGUGCUAUUGUGAUAAAGAUAGGAAAAUCAAAGACUGUAGUCAAGAAUUUUUUUAAAUUGAAAGACAAUUAUGGUAAAAAGAAUACUGGGGGAAGACCUAAAGCUUGUCCUCGCGUGAUGAAAGAACUGAUUGUUCUGGGCACUCCUGCCGAGGAAGGUGGUGGAGGAAAAUUACGUUUAAUAGAACUGGGAGCUUUCAAAGAAGUAGACAUAGCCAUGAUGGCCCAUCCUACCAGAAUUAAUGCAGCCGCUCCUCCUUUUUUAGCUAUAGUCGACGCUACAGUGGAAUACAAAGGAAAAGAAGCCCAUGCUUCUGCUUCUCCAUGGAAGGGACGGAAUGCCCUGGACGCCGCAGUAGCCUGCUAUCAAAACAUAGCUUUACUCAGACAGCAUAUUAAACCCCGAUGCAAAAUUCACGCUGUGAUCACGAAAGGUGGCAUCAUCCCGAAUAUUAUUCCAGCAGAAUCCUGCUUGGAACUGUUCGUGCGAGCGCCAAACAGGGUUGAACUGAGAGAGCUGGAAACCCGAGUCGAAGCCUGCAUUACAAGUGCUGCGACAGCAACUGGAUGCGAAGUAACUUACAAUUUCGCAGAUCAGGACUGUUAUGAGAACUUGAUAACGAAUAAAGUUCUAGGCAACUUAUAUCAGACGUAUGCAGAACGCCUAGGAGCUAAAUUCAUCAAAGACAUAUCGGAGAUGUCUAGUAUUGGUUCCACAGACAUGGGCAACGUGUCUCACAUCAUUCCUUCCAUCCAUCCUCUCUUCAGUAUUUGUACUGAAGCUGCUAACCACACAAAAGCAUUCACGAAAGCAUCAGGAGCUCCAGAGGCCCAAGAACCUACUCUGAAUGCGGCAAAGGCUAUGGCAAUGACGGCUUUGGCAGUUUUACGGUCACAGGAGACACUAGAUGAGGUGAAGAGAGAAUUUUCAUCAAAUAUUCAAAACAAUUUGCAAUACCAGUGA